CAGUGAACUCCUUCGUCUAAUUCCUAAAGAUACAUGCUGCCUUAUGGCGUUGCGUUGGGGUUCGCCCAUUUCCCAACUCGGGACUACGUAACUUAAUGAACUAACCGCAUGUUUUAGUUGAAUUUUGUAUUGGUAAGAUCUUUCUUAAUCCUUCAGAGUGCGUAUAUCGUCAACAUCAACCGGACGCGUAACUGAAGCGGCUGGUGUUUUGCGUCCUAACUGUAAAGCCGGUCUGUGCUGGCCACUCUAGCAACACCUCCAUGGCCUUCAUGUCCUCGGCCUCGCUUAUCCCUCCUCCCCCUAUCAACACUCAGCAGCCCGGUGUAAUUACAUCGCUACUGUACAGCGGUUCCAAAUUCCGUGGAUAUCAGAAGAGCAAAGGGAAUUCCUAUGACGUUGAGGUUGUUUUGCAGCAUGUCACCAUAGAAGAUUCUUAUUUAUGUGGGUACCUGAAGAUUAAAGGACUAACAGAGGAGUACCCAAUGCUGACGACAUUCUUUGCUGGGGAGAUCAUCAGUAUGAAGCGUCCGUUCUUGACGCGGAAGUGGGAUGCCGAUGAAGAUGUAGAUCGGAAACACUGGGGUAAGUUCCAGGCAUUUUACCAGUACGCAAAAACCUUCAACUCGGACGACUUUGACUAUGAGGAGCUUAAGAACAGUGACUACAUCUUCAUGAGAUGGAAGGAGCAAUUCCUGGUUCCAGAUCACACAAUCAAAGACAUCAGUGGUGCAUCAUUUGCUGGCUUCUACUACAUCUGUUUCCAGAAAUCCACCGCCACCAUAGAGGGUUACUACUACCACAGAAGUUCAGAAUGGUAUCAGUCACUGAACCUCACCCAUGUCCCCGAACACAGCGCGGCCAUCUACGAAUUCCGGUGACCCCGGCUGGCCUGUUGGCUUCUCCAGCACAGACUGACUCGAGGCUGCGGCCUCUUAGGGACUCUUGACCGAGGCCGAGGAGGAGGCGGAAGAGGAGGAGGAGGAGUACUACUGGAGUUUUAGCUACCCGAUGCAGCAUGACAACGCACCGUCUGAGACUGUUUUUUUAUGUAAAGGACGACGGACAGACAGACAGACAGAGAGUCUGGGCUGGCCGUGGAAACAUGCCAGUGUGGAGCUCUGAUCUGCAGCGUCUCUCUCGCUGGCAGCAGAGAUGGGCAGCAGGUGGCGCAGUGUGUGACUGGCUUCCUCGUGUGGUUUUAAACGUUUUUUUGUUGUGUUUUUUUUUUUUUUUUUUUUUAAGCUGAAGCUGUUUUUUUUCUUCUUCUUCUUCUGGAAAACUCUUCAUUGCUGUGGCUUGUGCUCGUCGACUCCUGUACAACAACAAGAGCUGAGGGGUUGCCUCAGACUUUGCCGGCGGCUGGAGUGAACUCUUAUUUACUUUUAGCUCAAUGAAAGACUGUGUUGGCACACUUCCUAUUGUCCCAUGAUCCUGUGUGCCUGCCGGGCUUCCGGGCCCCUAGAGAUAGAGAUUGAUUAUGUUAAGGAUUGUCAGGGGAGGGAGGCCUAGUGGUUUCAUUGAUAUUUGACAGUAUUUUUUUGCUAAGGACUCAGCAUUGUGUUGGCACGAUUAUGAAAGAGAGACAAUGAUAAGAUAUGUGGAAUGAGCUCUGACUGAUUAUACAAGAUCAAUAUUGUGUGUGUAUGUGAGUGUGUGCGUACAUGCUUGUGUGUGUGUGUGUGUGUGAAAGAGUGAGCAAAAGAGAGAUGGAGAGAGAGAAUGAUGGAGAGAAAGAGAGAGAUAUAAGUAGAGAUGGUGUAAGAUAAUUGGGGGAGUGAGUAGGUGUGAGGGUCUGCAAUGCAGUUGAGAGAUGUUGUGUAGCUGCUAAAAGCCAAUGACAUUGUGCUUUUUACGACACCUUUCUUCAGCUCAUGGCUUUUGCUCCGUUUACCCCUUACUCCGUUUUCAUUUUGUACAAAAAAAAAGAAAAAUAUUCUCACACAUCUCCUCCUAACAUUUCUAACUAUGCAACAUAGCAGUAGCUUUCUGCCUCCACGUCAAAGAGUUUCAUAGAUACUUCACAGCGAGAUUUUAUUAUGUAAAGAGUAGUAUUCAAAUGUCUUACCUUUACUCACAUGAAAAGAGAUAUUUUGUCUACUUGCCUUUGAAAGCACCAGUUUGCCACUGAGCUUAUCCUACUAAAGGUGCCAUGUUAUUAAAACUCUCUCCAAAUGAGAAAUAAAGAAGAAUGUGUGGUUGAGUGUGUGGUUGUGUGCGUGAUGUGUGUUGUGCGAGCUUGAUCCUAGAGUUGUGUGGAAAAGAAUGAGAGAAAGAACAAAAAAAGCUAUAUGGAGUAAAAACAAUAUCUAAACACA